CGUUUAUGCGAUACUAUUUUAAGUCAAAAAGUUGAACGUAAUACGCAUUUAAGUUGAUAUCAUUUUAUAGAGUUGAUCAUCAUCAUAGCAUAAGUUGAUGUCAUUUUGAUAUCGCAUUUUUCGGAGAGCAUAAUACGUAAUGUGAAAUAGACAUCAAAACAAUAUCACAAUUAGCGAGCAUAAUUGGCCUGCAGUUGUGUUGUUUGUAUCACGAACGAGUAAACGAGUAUAAUAACAUGUCGUUCGGCGAUCAUAAAGAGUUUUGGCAAGAAUUUAUCCUGCUGUUUAAAGAGAAAACUAAAGAGAAACAGGUGGUUUACAGGACUGAAAACAUUGCAGAAAUUUUAAAUGAGUGUAUUUUGUUCGUUGUUUCAGCCAUUCCUUUCUUCAGACGCUCUUUUUCUUUUUAUUCUCCGUUAAAAGUAUUCCACCGACUACUAAAGCGACUGUUGUGCGUUUGGAAAGCACCGGUGGCAUGGUAGGGUAGGGAAGAACGAUACGCGAGAGGCUCACCAAAGUACACAAGCGACUGGACUGCAACUCGGCGCUCGUGUAGUGUGUGGGCAAUGACGGAUUUGUCCAUAAAUGGGUACGGCUCGGGGUUCGGCUCGCGGUGCGUGUAGUGAAUGGUGGGCUUUAAUGUUGUGGAGAUUUUUUCGCUCGUGUUUCUCCGCAGCUAAAAAAUAUGUCCAAUAACGAGUGGUAGGGAUUUUUUUUUGUACGAUUCAAAAGAGUUGUAAUAUGCAUCCAAUUUGAAUAAAGAUAUUUUGAUUUCUGAUUUCUGACUUCUGAGGCUGAAUACUAGAUGAAUAGAAGGAUUCUUGUGUACUAACAGCUGAAUAAAGGCUCUGUAGCAUGCUAUUCAGUGGCUCAUGGCUACACCAUCGAGAAACAGCAUUAAUAACGGCAUUUCUCGUUAAUGUGUCCGUACGGUGUUCAUACAGUUUUAUAAUUAUCUGUCGUGUUGUAUCAUGCAUGCGUGACCGUAAAUGACGAGGUAUCGGUUUCGGUUUCAUACAUUUAGUACGGUUAGAGUGACUACUGUGUCGACACAUCGCAACACAUAAAUAUAAUUCUAGCCGUACUAUAUUUCUCAUUCAACCUAUAUCAUCACUCAUCUCAUCAGUAGCAAACAUGCGUAGGUACGUACAUCAACGAAAAAGAUAGGUAAAGGUUGUAUGGACUACGCACAUUGCUUUCUGUAUUAAGUAAAAUAUAAAAAAAAAAUGCAACAAAUGUCUUCUUAGGUGUUUUUGAUACUUAUUCAGAGGGUUUUUGGCAUGUGUUUUUGGCGGGAUUUCAUCGAGAGCGGUUGGCGUCAUAUUUUAAAUAUUCUUUAAAUUCGUUCAUAGUGGAUAUUGUGAAACAUUUUUUAUUUUUUUUGUUUUUUUUUGUUUGCAUAUCCACAAUCAGUUAGCUACUAUAAGUGAAUGCGUUGUCAGUCCAAUAAUUGCGAUGAGUGUACCCUCCAUUGAGAGUACUACUCCAUGUGCUACACCCAGGUGCUACAUUCCCUUCGACAGUGACGAGAUAUUAUGCCUUUUAAGCCGGUUACAGUAGGAUUGUCUUGUCAGUGCGACUGCCAGCUCGUUGCGAUGCUGAGCAAGUCGUUUUUGGUAUCUUGUAAAUGUAGCCCGGAUUUCUUCCUUUACUGUGCUUAUUUGUAGGUUCUCGUGGAUCUCGUUGUUUGUUACAAACCAAGGCACAUUGGAUAUGGUGCGCAAGAUAACGUUCUGUAGUCUUUGUAUUACGCUUAUGUUGGAGUUACUCGCGCUACCCCACAGCUGUAUGCCAUACAUCCAUACCGGCUUAAGGAGGGCUUUGUAAAUUAGCAGUUUGUUGUCCACAGAGAGUUUGCUGUUGCGUCCAAGUAACCAGAGCAUAUUUCUGUAUUUCAGGUUAAGUUCCUCUCGCUUUGCUUUUAAGGUGAUUUUUCCAUGUCAGCCUGCGGUCGAGAUGUAAGCCAAGAUAUUUCACAUUAUCUUUAUUGGGUAGUAUAUUGUCUUCUAGAGAUACAGGUGGACAAUCUCCUUUUUUGAGGGCAAAAGUUAUGUGUACCGACUUAGUCACACUUGCUCUAAUCCUCCAUUUCUUUAGCCAGAUACUUAUUUCGUCUAGGCCUUUUUGGAGAAUAUUAGAUGCCACAAUCGAACAUUUAUUGCUGGCUAAUAUGGCAGUGUUAUCGGCAAAGGUUGCUGUAGUAACGCCUGUUAUUGUUGGCAAGUCUGCAGUAUAUAUUGUGUAUAACACUGGUCCCAGUACAGACCCCUGAGGUACACCUCCUUUAAUUUCAAAGAAUUCUGAUGUUUCACUCGAUUCUUUCACCUGAGAUAUUCUGUCUUCUAUGUAAGAUUGUAAUAAAGGGUGAUAACUGUGAGGGAGAAAUUUUUAUUUUGGAAAUUUGUAAUAUAUAAAAUCUAUUUUGUAGUGUCGUUUUUAUGUUUUGUAGAUAAAAGAAUCAAACAGGGCAGGAGUCAACCAGCUGCAUCAAGUUAAGCUUGAUGAAAUUUCAAGGGUGAGUUACUUUCAUCUAAUAAUAAUUAAUUGUAAUUUACUAAAUUUUUAGUAGUUGAGUGCAAGUAAAAAAUAGUUUUUAAAGGAUAUUGAAUUUAAAAAGGAGCCUAAUUAUCUAGGAUCUUUCUUAAAUAUACAUAUAACAGAGAAUCAUCGACAUUUUAUUAAAGCAGUUGCUUUAUUUUUCUUUUAAUAUUAUUAUCAUCAGCCUAUUAAUGUUCCCACUGCUGAGGCAGAGGCCUUCUCUAUGGGUUGAACAGGGAGAUUGAGCCAUGACCUACCACGCGUGCCCAGUCCGGAUUGAUGGGUGCUAAUGACUGCAGAUGCAGCUGGGACCAAUGGCUUAACGUGCCCUCGGAAGCACAGAGAAGCUCGAGAUAGUAAAUUUUUGGUCAUUCAAUAAAUGAGUUAUUAUGACUAAAUCUUUUAUUCAUUACAGAUUAACAUGGGUGAAAGUGCCAGAGAUAACGACCGUAGACGGGGUGCGGGUGCGGGCGCGGGUGCGAGCAUUAGCAGGAGGUCCGCUGGAGCUGGACGUCAGCAACAGCAGCAACGCGAGCGACAGCGCCGUAACAGACCCCAACCGCAAGCACGAGCUAACCAAUUCUUAGAAGCAGAGCUGGAUAGCAAUAAUAUUUUGAGGGAUUUUGCAAAUCAAUUAAAUAUUAUGAAUCGGAACAAUGCCGUACGAUUAUGUUAUGUUUGGGAUAUUGAUACGAAAGAAAAAUCUUGUGCUGUUAUAAUAGUAGACAUAUAUUAAAAAUAUUAUGUGAAGUGAUUUUUUAAGAAAUUGUGAUCUAAAAUAUGAAGACAAUCCAAAUGAUUUUUUUUAUAUAUACUGCACUGAAUAUAAUAAUGUUUUUGUACCCAAAAAAAUAUGUGUUAAUGAUGCGGUAACUUUUAUUAAGUGGGCAACACCUGGAAUUCAUAAAAGUAGAAGAACACUUCUACUGAACUUAUGAACUUUAUAAUGAUCGAAACUGUAAAACUAGUGUAAAUUUUAAAGAGCAUGUUCGUAACUAUUCCAAAUUGUUUAAAAAAGUAUGCCGCUUAGCAAAAUCAAAUUACUUAAGUUCAAAGAUUAAGAACAGUAAUGACAAAAUGACAUGGAAUGUUAUAAAUAAUGAAACUGGAAAAUCCAAAACUCGCAGUAAUAAUUAUUAUAACUUAAAUAUUAAUAAUAAAAAUGUUACAUCAGAUAUGGGAGUUGCUACAGCAUUCGAAAAUUUCUUUACUGAUAUUCCAGUUUCAACUACUAAAGCUUUGAACUCUUCCCCCAUUGCUACAGAAUCGUGAAAACGUGAAAACUUGUACUAGUCAUUUUCAUUUUAAACAUGUUGACUUUAAAGAUGUCAUAAAAACGUUUCACCAAUUAAAUUAAAAGAAAACCGCGGAUCUGUGGGGCAAUUGAUGUUUCGAAUUGAGACAAUAGCUUCUAUUCUAACUUGCAUAUUUAAUGAUUGUGUUGACUGUGGUGUUCUUCCUUACCUCAUGAAAUAGUAAAAUUACUCCUUUGCAUAAAACGGGAAGUACAUCAGGCCCACAAACUUUAGAUCAAGUUCUGUACUACCCACCUCUAGUAAAAUUUUCGGAAAAAACAUGUAAGAUCAAAUGCAAACAUUUUAAUAAAUUUAUUAUACUUCACUGUAAACAAUUUGGUUUUACACGCGGUCGUUCAACAACCGAUGCCGGUGUUUAACUUAUACAACAAAUUUUUGACGCCUGGGAGAACUCGCAGGGCGCUCCAGGUGUGUUUUCCGACUUGUCUAAGGCUUUUGAUUGCGUUUUUCAUGAAACAUUACUCAGAUACCGGUCUGGAUCUUAUUGAUUCAUACUGGAAGGAUAGGAUUCAGAGGGUUAACAUUGUAUUACCUAAUGCAAAACAGGUAAAAACCAGUGUAAAUGUAAAGAAAAAUAAUAAUGUGGGCCUAGUAGACAUCACAGUAUUCUUAGGGAUUAAUUUAGAUUCUAAGCUUCAAUGGGGCCCACAUAUUGAUAAAUUGUCGAAUAGACUUAGCUCGGCAGCAUAUGCUGUAAUGUAAAUACGCCAGUUAACAGAUGUAGAUACGGCCAGAUUAGUGUGCUUUAGUUAUUUUCAUAAUGCAAUGUCGUACGGAAUUUUAUUGUGGGGAAACGCCGCCGACAUUCAAACUAUUUUUGUGCUGCGGAAGAGAGCUAAUCGAUCAAUUUAUAAUCUUAAACUUAAAGAAUCCUUAAGAAAUAAGUUACAAUAAUUUGGCAUAAUGACGGUAGCAUCACAAUACAUAUACGAAAAUAUAUUACUUAUAAGAAAAAAUAUUAAUUUAUUUCAUAAAAACCGUGACGUUCACACACUUAAUACAAGAAACAAAAAUAAACUAACUUUACCUGCUACUAGGCUUCACAAAAUCAAUAAUUCAUUUAAAGGUCUUUGUGUUCGCCUUGAUUUUUUAUUAUAUGAUGUAAUUAAAAAUUUACGGUUUUCUCAAUUUUUCCUUUAUCGAUACUAUAAGACGAUUACUCCAUACCAUUCAAGAUUCUUAGUUGACGGGAAGUACCCUGUAGGUUUUGAUUCCCGUGCUAGUUUUCAAAAUUUGCGGUAUAAACGGCUGUAUUUUUUGAUUGCUUUGGCUAAGAACUUUGAUUUUUUCACAGCGCUAAGGGACAGUAGACCUGAAUAUUAGAUAUGAAUUUCAGUUUGAUACCUCCACGCGUUCCUGAGAAAAACGGUCUUGACAGACGGACGGACGGACGAUCAACAAAGUGGUCCUAUAAGGGUUCCGUGUUUUCCUUUCGAGGUACGGAACCCUAAAAAUCAAAAUGGGUAGUUUUCAUUCAGGGCCUGGCACCAGCGCCGGCAAUGGCACCGGUGCCGGGACGGUAAGUGGAAAAUCGCCCAUACAAGGGACCUUGACCGUUACUAAAACAUAGAUAAUAUAACUAUGUAACUCUUUGUUUGUAAUUUUUUUACAAUAUAUCUCAAGUCUAUCUAGGUCGUCCAGGGCCAUUCGCCUAAUGGAAAUGCUAUGGAAUGCUAACGCUUUAGAUUUUAUUUUGUUAUUUCUGAUCGCCGAAGGUUUUCAAAUAACUCACGCUCAUUUUUUUUUAAUAUUGUUAUUACCAAUGCAAAAGAAAAAAAAGAGCGCGAGGCAUUUGAAAACCUCAGGCGGCUAGAAAUAACAAAAUGAAAUCGUAAGAGUUAGCGUUUUCCAAAGCAUUUCCGUUAAGCGAAUGGUCCCCAGGCGGCAGCUUUAUUGCGAAGAAAAUGCAUUUUUUUUACAAAAGAUGUCGCUAGGUGCGCUUAAAUGUGAUUGAUGCAAGUUGAUUGUAAUGUAAUGUGAUUCAUGUAAGCCGUGCAUGUAAUAUGAUUUUUCUGAGAGAUAAACUUUUUAAUGUAAUAUAAAUUGUCCAUAUGUGUACGAUAGAGCAAUAAAUAAAUAUUUUAUUCUACCACAUAAAUGAUAGUACUUUUAUACUGAUAAUUAAAGCAAUUCGUGCAAAAUUAUUCUCUAACCAUUCCAAAAUAUCAAAAAUGCACAAUGUUAAUAUUCAAGUUUUCACUUCAGCCGGCACUCCCGGAGUGUAACCCGUCGUUUUUUUAAUGUUUUCUCAUCUAUGGUUUUCCCUGAGGUUAUCCGCACUAAGCAAGUAAUCUAUAGUUUUCCGAUUUCCCCUUUCAAUGUCAGUUGUAAUAAAUUAUUUACUAUCUUUAUUCAUUGUUAUUACUGAUAAUUAUAUUGGUAAAGUUACUGAUUUGAAGAUUAGAAUGGAUGAAGAAAUUAUUAAUUUUGAACCUGAACCAUUGUAUAACCCGAUAUCAGUCUGCAAAUGUCUUACUGACCAAGAUUCAUCUGAAGCGAUAAUCAUAUCAGAUCGAAAACGACGGAUUCUGACAACAGUAUCCCGUACUGAAAAUUACUUAAAAGAACGUCGUAUUCCCGAACUUGUAAGAUUUAUACUAAGUAAAUUGUUAGCUGAAAGAUCUAACAAACCAGUUUUGUAUAUGGACAAACUUAUUAAUGAUUGUAUGUUGUUUCGUGCUGGUCAUGGCGUUGCACCAGUUUUGUAUGAAAAUAAGCAUUUAGAAGCUGUAGUUAAAAGUUUUGAUCCCGGACAAAGAGGAUGGCUAAGUGCAGGACAAACUCGACGUGCAUUUAUAACACUAGGUCUUCAACCAGAUGAACAUCUUCAUGAAAGAAAUCCUUAUGACGAGGUCUUGAACUCUCUACAAAAGAAACAAGAAACGGAACUUUUUGAUUUAUUGUGUGCUGGAAUAGACUUCUCUGAGAGUACUGACAUUUCGAAAUCUAACAGUAGUGAUACAUAAAGAAAGAAAACUUUAUAGCUUUGUUGUACCUAUUUAGUUCCUAAUUUUUAGAGACUCGUUUGGUUGAUUAAUUACGUAAAACAAUUUAAAUUAUUUUAAGUUCCUACUUACAAAUUUGAAUGUGUACAAUAUGUAGUUUUAUUUUAUUUCACUAUCCUACUUAAAAAAAAUACAAAAAAUCAUACUUAAUGAUAACAUUAUUAUAGUUGAACGACCUCCGUGGCCGAGUGGUU